ACCUAAACUAACAAACUGACACAACAGCCGUCAUUAUGUCACCAUUAUUAUACUUUUGAAUAUUUUAUAAUAAUUAAAUUCCAAGUUAAAGUAAAAGACUUCAACAUGAAAAACAUACAUAAAUAUAUAUGAGAACUUACAUGGAGCAGAAGUAAUCAUCAAUCCUCAGCUGCCGCACUAUGUCCGCAUUGACAAGUUUAUUGAAAUUCUUUACGAAACAGUCCGUCAAGAAGCAACGCAUCGCACUGAGCUGCAUCAGUGGGAACCCCGCGAGGAAUUACGCCGACAAACAAGAAGUUAACUCUAAGCACGCUGUGGUGAGAUCCCAGGUGCAGGGGAACGAGAAUGACGACCGCAUGCGAGUACGACGCGCGCGCGUCGCUGACGUGCCGCGCGUGCUGCGGUUCGUGCGCGAGCACGCCAAGACCGCCUGGCCUGGACUCAUCUCCUCGCCACCUUCGGCAUCACAGCUUGUGCUCUCUGACUAUGUAGCAAGGGCACUAGCACAGGGACACUCAAUGUUAGCAGAGCAACAAGAGCCGCGACGAGGGUGGUCCCAAAUCCGAGGGUUGGCGCUAGGGAUGUCAGUAUGCCCAUGGGACGCCAUGUUGCUGGAACGGUGGGCUCGCUGCGUCAGAUGUACGCGCUCCCGGAGAUUGAUGCAUUUCACCGCCCACUGCUUACGAGCACCAGCCCUACACGACAAAUACCGAGUGCAUAAUGUUCUGCAGAUAAUCCUGAUAGUACCCCACGAUAGUCCGAAAAACACAGAGAUUGUUCACCUGCUGGUUAAAAAUGCAAUACAGAGGGGACGCGAUGUCGGCUUCCCAGUGUUGCGGUUCGAUGUUGCUGAUGAUGCUAUCGCAAGUGCUUUGGAGGACAUGAAACUAAAGAAGGAAUGGCAGCUGAUGUAUGAUGUUCUUCCUGAUGUUGUACAUGAGCAACCCAUAACGGAAACUACAACAAGCAAGACCGCAACGAGAAACAGUUUCAUAGAACCAGGCAAUUUCAUAGCAGUAUACACAGCACUCACUAAGACACAUGAAAAAAAUAGCAAGGAUUCAAAAUGUAAAAAUAAAGUAUAGGUAAUGGCGGCUUAAUGACGGCUGUUCAGUAAACACUUUCAUUAUA